CUCACGGAUAUUAAAAACUAUUUGUGGCACGUCAUGACACUGACAUUCAGUCCUUGAAAAAGCAGACGUGCAAGCCAAGGUGAAAACUGAACAAACAAGAAAUCUACUUUGAAACGCUCUAGCAAAUUCGGACUGACACAAGUAUUCUUAUUAAAAAGGAAGUGGAAACUUGAAAUAAUAACACAAAAACAGAUAAGAAUUACUCUAUCAUUUCUAGAGUAGACAAAAGUAUACAACAUACACAAGCUUAUCUAAGCAGGUCAACAUUUAGAAUCUCGUAUUUUUCACUAUUUGUUUGUUCUCAUAUCAGGGUGCAGUUGAAUAACAAAAAUAACACAAGACAAGACUAAGAAUAUACACAAGAUGUGUCCGCAGAAAUACAUAAUAAUUUCACUAUUUCUGACAUUAUGUCUUAUAAUACAAACUGGGACAUCCAAAGUCAAUAUUAACACAGAAGGGAUCUCAGAAUAUUUCACUGCAGAGAUAAUGGAGAAAUAUGGAACUGAAUCAAAGUUGGGGUACGGUCAGUUUGCAACAUUGAUGAAAGAUCUGAAGCAUGAGAUACAGCCAUUGGAUGAAGCUGAUGGCUUGAGUGUCUGGCAGAUAUGUAAUGUCUCGGUUGGAAUGUGGGCUGCUAAUGCAACAUGUGUACAAGAUCAGUGCCUAACAACAGGUGAGAUCUGGCAGCUGUAUGAUCUGACCAAGAAUGAGACGAUUGGAGAACAGUUCUUCUCCAAAAUGUCCCCAUUGCUGGUCUACCAGCUGCGCAACCCAAAGUGCCAUGUACAGGAGCAGAAAGAGGAGGGGCACAAGAUUAAAGCCCCACCAGCAGAAGUAUGGGGUUAUGGGUUCCUAUGCGUGACAGGAGUUGUUUUGUCUGGUCUAUUAGGACGAGCUUUCUUUGUUGGAAUUGCCAACCCCAAGAUCUACUCCAUGCUACUGAUGGGUAUGGUAUCCCUGGCUAUUGGGGUUCUCACUGGGAUGGGGCUUCUCUUCCUUAUACCUGAGGCACUAGGUCUACCUCAUUUGUUCCAUGGCUCCACUGAGUUUAUAUGGAAGCUGACCUGUGUUGCUGGAGGCCUAUAUUUCCUCUUUAUAUUUGAGAGAGUCAUCAAGCUGAUUAAGCAUGCAAAACAGAAGAAGAAGAACAAGUUCGUAGAGGUGCCUAGCAAUGGUGAUGUCACACAGAGGCUUGUGAAUCAUAACCAAUCAGAAGCCAGCUUUGCCACAAUGACCACAAUGGUACCUGAAAUCACAAUACAAGUUCCAAAUGGUGCCAAUGGUGAUGUGAAAAAAAUGGAAGUUGAUGAUACGGAGGUAGAUGAGAAGAAAGGAAUCAAGUCUCUUGAGAAGGAUGAGAUAGACACUGUAGCCUGGGUGCUGAUUCUGGGAGAUGCCAUGCACAACUUUGUAGAUGGGGUCACUAUAGGAGCAGGCUUUGCACAAAGUAUCCUCACUGGUGUAGGUCUGGCUGUGUGUAUCAUGUGUGAACAUGUACCUCAUAAGAUAGGUGAUUUUGCCAUCUUGCUGAAUGCAGGGAUGAGUCUUCGUAUGGCAGUCGUCUACACCCUCCUCACAGGGAUAAUGAAUUAUCUAGGUCUGGUAGUUGGUAUUCUAGUUGGAGAACUCACUGAUGCUACUACCUGGCUGUUGGCCAUAGCAGGGGGAAUAUUCCUCUAUAUCGCCCUUGUUGAUAUGUUACCAGAGAUCAGUGAACAAGCUGAGGAGGAAGAUUCCUUGAGGGAGAAGAUCAAAAUUUUCAUCAUACAGAAUGUUGGCAUUCUGAUUGGCUACGGCAUCAUGAUUAUUGUUGCCCUGUUCGCUGGAGAUAUCAGCUUUGAGUGAGACAUGGAAUAUCAGAUAUGGGUUUAGAUAAGUCAGUGUUACCUUCAGCAUUAUUUGCCUCGGUUAUUUUCCUUUUCAAAUCAUAUGCAGGGUUAUUUAGGAACUGUUUAUUUUGCAUAUUACAAUAUAAGUAUCAUUAAAGUAGACUUGCCUCAAGUCACUGAACCCCCCACUCUCUAUCUAUUGUAUAGUGUGGGAUCAAGAGGGCUCCAGGCAAGACUAGAAGUAAAAGGCAAUGGAAUUUCACAAAUUAUAAAUCACAAUGUUUCAAGAAGCAGCUUCCAGUUAAUAAGUUAAGAAGGUUUAUCAAGUGAAACAUAACAAAUAUCAUUCAUAAACCAGGUGAUGCUAGUAGUCUUGCUCCUAGCCUUUAUGCUACUUCCUCUAUUUUCUUUAAUCCAGUGUGAGGGAGUGGAUAUUCAGAACAGGGGAAGGAAGUCAAAAGACUUAAUGCAAAGAAAUACAAAAAGAGAAAAAUGUAUUGAAAGUAUAGUGAGAAUGUGAUAUAUAAAGGGUAGAACAGCUUUCUAAAAGAAAACGUAAGAACUUGAGCUUAAGAAUUAAACUAGUCUUUAUGAGUUGUAUGCAUUAAUCAGCUGUAUUCAAUUUACAAAUUACGAUCAUAUUAACUCAAAUAUGAAAUGAAAUAAACUGGAAGUCAGAAAAGAUCUUGCCAAUACAGUCUAGUGCAGACCAUCAAGAAAAGUUGCCUUAUUGAAUAAUCAGUAAAUGGCGCAUUUAGGCUUUUUCUGGAGUCUUUGUGUUUGAUUGACUACAAUCUAUGAUUUUCAAAAAACAAGAUCAAUGCAACAGCCUCCUGGAAGCUAUAUUUACACUGGUUCUGGUAGAUAUGUAAACACUAAUGAUUAUUUUAUAAACACUGAAUAUAAUAAACGCUGACAAAUAUUCAAACACCGAAUAUACUGUACAAACAUUAUAAACACUGACAAGUGUAUAUGUAAUUGCUCAAUCAAAAGGUGCAUUUCGACAUGGAAUGUCAAAUGAUAUUUUAAGUUGCAGCAAAAUUGGAAUAUUUCGGCAUUGAUUGUCAAAUAUUUCCAAAUGAUUUGCAAUCAUUGUGAUAUCAGUGACUGGUCACUAUAUUGAAAACAGUGAUUCAAUCUUUAACAUUUUUUUAUACUGUAUUUAAUUAAUGUAAGCCAAACAUCAGAAUGAAGCAGGCUCAUAUGUCUGUAAAUUUGCUGAUGAGAUGGUUCAUGUACUCCCUAUACAAAGUGAGCGCAAAUGGUUGUAGUAAACAAAGAUGCAACAACAAAAAUCAAAUAAAAAUAAAACCACAAAUUUUAUAAGUCAUAUUUGCUUGAUACUAGAUGAUUAUUACAUCAAAUUUCAUGCUAUGUUACAGGUGGAAGAUAUUAAAUUCUACAUGUCGUGUGUUUUCAAUGUAAUCAGAUGCGUAGUUCUGACGGAAAUCCAUUAACCUCUUGAAUCCCAGGCUCUUAAAUCAGUUGAAACCAGAGAAUUCAUCAUUUUUGC